AUGGACGGCAGUGGCGUUGGUAGUGACACUUUGCUCGAAGAGACAUUUUAUAUAUUUUCUAAAAAAAAUACAGUUUAUAAAGUUAAACUAACCGAAAAAGGAUUAUCUCUUGUUAAAGAAAAUAAUGGUCAAACAAAAACGGAAACUAUACGAAUCGACGACAUCGUCGGUGCUCAUUGCAUGCGAAGUAAAGCCAAAGUGCAAGGAGGACCGUGCGUUUGCGGUCCUAAUUCAAAAAAAAAAGAUUUAAAAAUGGUUGAAGAUUAUGGUUGUGAAUACGAUCAGAGAGACGUUAGUGCUUAUUUGUACGUUUACGCUUAUAUUCUUAAAAAGUCUAAAGUUACGUCGGGUGAAAGGCGAGAGAAAAUGACCAUAACUCUAAGAUUCAGGUCUUUUGAUAAAUCACAAGAAAAUAUGAGAGAAGCACAAAGGUGGAGAACGGCAAUUAAAUAUUUAAUUAAAAAAAAACCCAUACCUGAUUUUGUUAUUUAUCAAGGAGACCAAGAAAUUAUAGCAUCACCAACAAUUAGCUUUGAUGAAUCCCAAAAAUUGUUAAUUUUAUUAAAUCCAAAAUCUGGACCUGGUAAAGCCAAAGAAAUGUUUCAUACGAAAAUAGCACCUGUUUUGACAGAAGCCGAAAUUCCAUAUGAUUUGAUAAUAACAAAACAUUCAAAUUAUGCUAGAGACUUUGUCAGAUUAAAAGAUAUUUAUCAAUGGAGUGGCAUAGUUGCUGUCGGAGGUGAUGGAAUACUUUUUGAAAUAAUGAAUGGAAUUUUUGAAAGGCCCGAUUGGGAAAAGGUUUUUUCACAAGUCAAACUCGGUGUCAUUCCGUGCGGAUCUGGAAAUGGUUUAGCGAAAGCCAUUGCACAUUCCUUAAGUGAACCGUACAAUAAAAAUCCUUGUCUUACCUCUGCACUUAAUGUUACAAGUGGAAAUGUCGUAGAUAUGGAUAUAGUGAGAGUAGAGACGAAAAAUGACAUAAUGUAUUCAUUUUUAAGUAUAGGCUGGGGUUUGUUGGCUGACAUUGACAUUGAAAGUGAAAAAUUAAGAGCAAUUGGUAGUCAAAGGUUUUCAAUAUGGAGUGUGGCAAAAUUAAUCGGAUUGAGAACUUAUCGAGGUAAAAUAAUGUUUUCACGAAUAGAUGGCCUUAAAAAAGUAACCAAAGAUGGCAAUCAUUUAAACGGUUUAUAUAAUAAUUGUUCGAAUGAAAAAUAUGAUGAUAUAAAAAGCAUGCGGAUGAGUCAGUCAUUAAACGAUGUUUUUUCAAACGUUUCUGAAGACAAUAUUAAUUUAGAAACUAGUGAUAAUAAAGGGAGCAAAUCUCCUUGUAGUUUGCAUAAAUCUGAUAGUUUUUAUUCAAUACAUAGUCGGUACAGUACUUAUUUUAGUGUUGCUGGUAGUAGUUAUUUAAGUACGGACGAGCAAACAGAAGACAGUAUAGAACCUCGAAAACCGGGGAAUAGCGUGAGAAUGUACGGCCCUGCCUCCAGACUACCCUCUCUCACUCAGCCAGUGCCAAAAAAUUGGGAUACCGUGGAAGGAGAAUUUGUGAUGGUUCAAGCCAGUUAUCAAACUCAUAUCGGUAGUGAUUGUUUUAUAGUUCCUAAUGCCAAACUUAGUGACGGUAUAAUUUGGCUUAUGUUUGUUAAAAAGGGAGCAUCCAGAAGUCAAAUGCUUCAGAUUUUGUUGGGACUUUCCUCCGGCGAUCACGUUGCCAGCCCACAACUCGAAAUCAUUCCCGUGAAAGCAUUUAGAUUAGAACCGGAUUUAACGGACGGCAAUUCGGGACACAUAACGGUCGACGGGGAAUGUGUCGAUUACGGUCCCAUUCAAGCGGAAAUUUUUCCCAAGAUGGCUUCCAUUAUGUCAAGGUAA